AAAGCCAUCUUUCUACAGCCACCACAAGAACUGUGCAGGUGAUCCAUUGCCAUGCUCCUAUGGCAUAUUUGUUUCCAAAGUCCCUCGGCUCCACCUGGCUCUUCCUGCCUUCCCCAGAGCCUCAGGGCCCGAAGGGGACGUGUUGCAAAAUUUUCCCGGUACAAACACGCAAGAGGAAGGAAGGGCAAAGUCCUACAGAAGUGUGUGUGGGAGAGUGAAGGCAGGGAUCCCGACGGCUCCUGAGGCCGGCAGGGAGCCUUAUUCUUCCUCAUCUUCGCCCGAGAAAGAGGACACACUUGGGAUACCGCGCCAAAUGAAAUAACACCGAGACUCUGCCCCGCCGCCGGCGCGGCCGCUCCGUUUCCGCCGCGCCGGGAGCACUGCGCAGGCCCGGCGCCGCCGCCCGCAUGGAGGAGGAGGAGGAUGAUGAGGGUGGCGGCGGCCGGGCGGCCACGGCGAGCCCGGCCGCGUCCGCCCGCUUCGUGCGGUGCCUCUACGCAGUGGGAUUCCUGGAUUUAUUUGGGGUGAGCAUGGUGGUUCCUUUAAUGAAUCUUCAUAUCAAAUCUCUAGGAGCAAGUCAUACAGUUGCUGGAGUCAUAGGAUCUCUCUAUGGUGUAAUGCAGCUAUUUACCAGCACAGUUGUGGGCUGCUGGAGUGAUAUAGUAGGGAGACGGUAUUCCCUGCUUGCUUGUAUUCUUCUCAGUGCACUGGGUUACUUCCUUCUUGGAAAUUCCACCACAGUGUUCCUGUUUGCUAUUUCUAGAGUCCCUGUAGGUAUUUUCAAACACACACUUUCCAUCUCUAAAGCCCUGCUGUCUGACCUGGUCUCAGAGAGGGAUCGCCCUUUAGUAAUGGGGCGCUUCAAUGCAGCCUCCAGUGUGGGCUUCAUUCUGGGACCUGUUGUUGGAGGCUACCUUGCAGAGUUCAAAGGCGGCUUUUACCAAACCUCCUUCAUCUGUGCCUCUAUCUUCCUUCUGAAUGGUGGUCUUGUCUGGAUGUUACCCUGGAGUGAAGAAAACACUAGCAAUAGGGACCAUUACCAAGACAAAGAAACAAACAGUUUUUUAGCAAAAUCAAAUCAUGACCAUGACUUGAAAUCAGCAACUAGUACAGCUGUGACAAACAGUAGUUUUUUCCAGUCUCCAUGGAUGCAAGUUGCAACAGUGCUGAAGAAAAUUAAAGGAAUUGCGUGCUCUAAUUUGUGGGAUGUAUUUUUAGUGCGGUUCCUGAUGUCGGUUGCUAUACUGCUGUAUUAUAGUAAUUUUACUCUGGCCUUGGAGGAGAGAUUUGGGGUGAAACCCUUGUUUGCUGGAUACCUAAUGAGCUAUAGCAGUGCGCUCGGAGUCCUGGCUGGUUGUUUGCUCGGACCAAUAACAAGACUCUAUGGGCACGACACUUACAGACUUUUGUUGCACUCCAGCACUUUCACCUGCACGUUGAUUCUCCUGUAUGCAUCGGCACCCAGCAUAUGGAUGGUCAUUCUGUCCUCCACGUUCUUGGCCUUCUCCACUACUAUCGGCCGUACCUGUAUCAUUGAUCUGGAGCUGACCGUCGGUGGGAGCGAGGCCAGCGGGACGCUCCUAGGUGUUGGACAGUCAGUGACAUCAGUGGGACGUAUUAUUGCCCCACUCCUUUCUGGAAUUGCUCAGGAAUUCAGUCCUUGUGGCCCUCCAAGUCUAGCUGUGGGACUAGCAUUAGUUGCUAUUGUGAUAAUGAAUGCAAACAAACAAAAAUACAGUAGUCAUGGAAGUGUGAAGUUAAAAAAUCAGUAGACACAAUUUUGGAUUGCACAGAUGUAUCUUCACCUGCCAGGCUUGUACAGUAAUUACAUGACUUUAAGGAGAGCACAUUAUGUCCCUAUGAAGCAAGUAUGUGUAUGUACUUAUGCUGCAGGGAUUUUAAGUCUAGACAGAUGUUAUUCCAACAGGUACCACCAGGACAUCUCUAAGAGGGGCAGAUGUUGCUGUAUUGUGCUGGCUGUGAUUUUUUAAAUGGAUUUUUAACCUUUUUGGAGGGUAAAAAGAAAUGUCGGGAAACGCACAAAUCCUGCUUAUAGCUCAUUUUUGAAACAGUGUUUAGAUUGAAAGAUUGUUUAAAAAGGGUGAACCUAAGCUGAAUUUUUGUUAUUUAAUCAGGAGAAUUUGUAAUAUGUUUGGCCUUAAUUUCUUAUUUUGUGGUCUGUUUCCUUUUGUCUGUUGUGACAGUAGCUUCUAUUACAGGAUGUUUGCUUAUGUGAUUUUUGCGUAGCCUGUUUUGUCCAGAAAACUUUCUGUGGACCAUGGUUAGGCACUUUGGAGUAAUCAUGCAACCCCUGCUGACUCCUGGUCUUUCCCAAGUAACAGAAUUGGGUAUAUGCUAACUUCAUGUACUAGAAGACCUAAUCUUAGAAUAAUACAAGGCCAUUCAGGCUGAAACUGAGGCUGAUUUUAAGUUUUAUUGAAAUUUAAACCAGUGGCUUCUGUUUAGUAAUAACUUCUACUGAGGAACUUUGUCAUAAUUUCUUUAUAUUUCCUGUGCAAUUUUUCUACCUUCAUUUUAAGAAUAAAUUUCCUUCCUAAUUCUCUCAAAUGACUGUAAAGAUGUUAGCAUCUAGCAGUAGUUCAUGGAUUUGGAUUAAUGCAUCCUGUCUCAUCUCAGGCAUAAGUGACAUUUUGGUGACAAGAGAAAUACGGUUUUACUGGUAUUUUAGUUACUCAUUUGUGUGCAUGGCUUAACUGAAGAGAGGUUAUCUCAGAGCUGUACAGAGCUGUAGCACUCCUCUGCUAUUUACUAUUCAAGCUCAUUACUUGCCAGUCACUAUUGUUUGUAUUUCAUAUGAAACAUGGAAAAAAUGUAUUUUGCUCUGAUAA